CAGCUGGGGGAGGCGGUGUGGGCGCUGGGUUUGGAAAAGACGCGGGUCUCUGCAGUGUCGCGGCCGGCUUCGGCGUGUGGUUUUUUUUUAGGCUUAGGCAGCUGGCUGUGUUGUGUCCGCUCCUCCCUGUCCGCGGAGAGGGAAGCGGCCGAGUUGUCUGGGGACACAGCUGGAGCCCCUGAAGGGGAAGGGAGCAGCCGGGAGUGGGGGGUAGGGGGUGUGGAGAGCGUGACUGCAGGGCUGGGGUCUAGGACUGAGGAGCAGUCGAGAGGGGAGGGUCGCCGUAGGCAGAGGGCGCACCAGCCGGGAUCCGGGCUGGUCCCGAGGAGGGCCCGGGGCAGCCGCGCGAUGUUCGGGGCCCGGUGCCUGCUCCGAGCCCUGCGCUCCUGCUCCUCCGCUCCCUGCCCGAGACACAAACCUUCCGCCAGACUGAGCGUUCGGGACGCGCUAGGGGCCCGGAGCACGAAUGGGGAGCGCGUUAAGGUCCAGGGAUGGAUUCGUUCAGUCCGAUCCCAGAAGGAAGUCUUGUUCCUGCAUAUAAAUGAUGGAUCGUCUUUGGAAAGCCUUCAAGUUGUAGCUGAUUCAAGCUUUGAUAGUAGAGAACUGGCUUUUGGGAGUUCUGUGGAAGUUCAAGGGCAGCUGGUGAAAAGUCCAUCCAAAAAGCAGAAUGUGGAACUGAAGGCAGAAAAAAUUGAAAUUGUUGGGAAUUGUGAUACCAAGGCUUUUCCUUUUAAAUAUAAAGAGAGGCCUCCUCUGGAGUAUGUGAGGCAGUAUCCUCACCUCAGGUGCAGGACUAAUGCUCUGGGUUCUAUACUGAGGAUUCGCAGUGAAGCCACAGCUGCUAUUCAUUCUUUCUUUAAGGACAGUGGCUUUGUCCAUAUUCAUACUCCAAUAAUCACAUCCAAUGACUGUGAGGGGGCUGGAGAACUGUUCCAAGUUGAACCUUCAAGUAAAAUUAAGGUGCCUGAGGAGAAUUUCUUCAAUGUUCCUGCUUUCUUAACUGUUUCAGGACAACUUCACCUAGAAGUGAUGUCAGGAGCUUUUACUCAAGUGUUUACCUUUGGCCCAACAUUCCGAGCAGAGAAUUCUCAGAGCCGGAGACACCUGGCAGAAUUUUAUAUGGUAGAAGCAGAGAUUUCUUUUGUUGAAAGUCUUCAAGAUCUCAUGCGGGUUAUGGAGGGGCUCUUCAAGACUGCAACAAUGACAGUUCUUUCCAUUUGUCCUGAAGAUGUGGAACUCUGUCACAAAUUCAUAGCUCCUGGCCAAAAGGACAAAUUGGAACAUAUGCUAAAAAACAACUUUUUAAUCAUUUCUUAUACUGAAGCAGUAGAGAUCUUAAAGCAGGCAUCUCAGAACUUCACCUUCACCCCAGAGUGGGGUGUUGAUCUGCAAACUGAACAUGAAAAGUACCUGGUGAAACACUGUGGCAACAUACCAGUCUUCGUCAUUAAUUAUCCAUUAGCACUCAAGCCUUUCUACAUGAGGGAUAAUGAAGAUGGCCCUCAGCACACAGUUGCUGCUGUUGAUCUUCUGGUCCCUGGAGUUGGGGAGCUCUUUGGAGGAAGCCUCAGAGAGGAACGAUACCAUUUCUUAGAGCAGCGACUGGCCAGAUUAAGACUAACAGAAGCCUACCAAUGGUAUCUGGACCUCCGUCGAUUUGGAUCUGUACCACAUGGAGGUUUUGGGAUGGGAUUUGAACGCUAUCUGCAGUGCAUCUUGGGAAUUGACAAUAUCAAAGAUGUUAUCCCCUUUCCAAGAUUUACUCAUUCAUGUGUUUUAUAGCUGGAAGACCAGAUUUAGACAUAACUCUCCCACCAUCUGACCCAGCCCAGAGACUGACUGUCACAAAACAGCAGAGGGACUGUUUGACCUGGUGUCCCUCCAACAGUAUCUGCCAGAAGCGUCCCUCUACAAUGUUAUACAUUCAUACUCUCCAUAAAUUGAAUCUAGACAUUUAAGCAUGACUGAACAGGCAUUGAGGAUGCCAUUGGUGAGAUGGAUUAACUCUACUCUUCUUUAAAUCUCUUGUUUCAGAUAAUUAUAGAUGAAAGAUGCUUAUUUGGAUUGGAUUGCUAUUUAUUCAUAUAUUUAUUUUAGUAAGUGGUGAGGCAAGAACAUAAAAAUGCAGAGUUGAAAGACAAAUUGGCCUGGAUUGAAUUGAUAAGAAAUGCGUGGGGCUUGUUGGCUUCUGAUCAAUAUUUGUAUUCAGUCUGCAAUCUAAAGUAUGUAUAAUAAAAAGAAAACAGGUGGGCGUAA